AUUUUGUCUUCAGCUUAUCAAGCAAAUUUUCAUCAAAAAUGUCUCUUAUCCACCCUGAAGUUUUCUUCAAGCCAUGACUAUGUGAUAUGUGGAGCAGGAUCAGCGGGUUGUGUUCUGGCAAACCGUCUCUCAGCAAAUCCUGACAACAAAGUUGUUCUUCUGGAGGCAGGUCCUAAAGAUUGGACGUGGAAAAUCCACAUGCCUGCUGCACUUAUCUAUAAUCUUUGUGACAAAAAGUACAACUGGUAUUAUGAAACAGAACCACAAGAGUUUAUGGACAACAGGUAAUAAGAUGAUGUUCAUGUACUCUACUUAUUAAAAAAAAGCAUACCACACCUCUGGCAUUGAACAGCUUAUCACCUUAGCCACUAUUAUUGUGAUAACCGUUGACUAGUGAACUAGUGAUACCUGCAAACAACAGCAUGAUAUGCUUUCUAACAGCAGUGACCUUUGUUAAUUUUUGAAAUAUAACCCUAUUCUGACCAACUUUGAAUCUGUUUUGUACAUUUACCGGGGGGCAUUUACCUUAAUUAUCGUUUUUACUCCAAGAUCUCAUCAUGGUGAGAUUAUUGUCACUCUAACUUUUAAAUCAUGCUGUGAAUGAAAUCCAAAGGUUUUACCAUUCAAACAAAACCUCUUUAGCAGAACUUUUACUUAGAAUUUUACAAAAAUGAAAUUUGAAUGUUCUUGUGAUUUUUGUCUCCUUUGCCCACCAUCAGGAGUGAAAGAAUAAACCAAUAAUUUAAAUCGUUUAUUUAUUUUACAGGCGCAUCUACCAACCUCGGGGUAGGGUGUGGGGUGGAUCGUCAUCUUUGAAUGCUAUGGUGUACAUCAGAGGUCAUGCUUAUGAUUAUGAUAACUGGGAGAAGCAAGGCGCUAAAGGCUGGUCAUAUGCUGACUGUUUGCCAUAUUUUAGAAAGUCACAGACUCAUGAAUUAGGUAAGCAAUUCCCUGUGAGGCCAAAACCUUGAAAAAAUGUAAUGUAUUUAAACAUUUAAACCCGAAUACUGGAACAAAACCUCUCCCCACCAUGAUUUUAGAGUCAUCACUGUUUUAUGUACAAAGUAAUUAUUGUCAUAAAAUUCUACCAAUAUUGAGCUUAAGUAAGUUAUUUAAAGUUAUAGAGCGGUUUUCACUUGACUGUCGAAAGUAAUUGAGGAAUUGGUUUGGUUUUGGUUUUACUACGCCCUUUGGUUGGCUAGUGUAUUUACUUUGGUUUUGGUUUUACGACAGUCAAGUGAAAACCGCUCUUUUUUAUUGUCAUUAUCAUUGUCAUUUAUUUUGUUCAUUUUUUGAUUUGGCAAACAACUGUUAAACCAUGCCUGCAAACUGGCACCUAUACUAUCUGAGAACUUCACAUUUGGCCAUUCUAGUCACAGAACCUUACUGAGGCAGGGACUGAAAUACAAUGAUAUUUGUGUCCUUCAAAUUAUUUUUAGGCCCAGAUGAUUACAGAGGAGGUGAUGGUCCCCUGCACGUAUCACGUGGCAAAUCAGACAAUCCUCUUUAUCAAGCAUUUAUUGAUGCUGGCACUCAAGCUGGUUAUCCUUUCACAAAUGACAUGAAUGGCUAUCAACAGGAAGGAUUUGGAUGGAAGGACAUGACAGUCCAUAAAGGUGUACGUUGGAGUUCAGCAAAUGCUUACCUUCGACCUGCACUCAAGCGCAGAAACCUACGAACAGAGACUGGUGCUAUGAUUACAAAAAUAGUCUUUGAGAAUAAUCGAGCUGUAGGUGUUGAGUUCCAUCUAGGAAGACAGCUGAAACGUGUAAGGGCAAGAAAAGGAGUUAUUUUAACAUCUGGCGCCAUUAAUUCACCUCAGUUACUGAACUUGUCUGGUAUUGGAAAUGCAGAUGAUUUGAAGAAGCUCGGUAUCCCUGUGAGGGUUCAUCUUCCUGGUGUUGGAGAGAACUUCCAGGAUCAUUUAGAGAUGUAUUUUCACCAGGUACAGUACAGUACGAGGAUUUCCUUUUUAUCAGUAUAAAAUUGACAGUGAAAGAAAAAAAGGAUGCCUUUAUGUGAGAAACAUAUUUUUAGUCAAGUGGAGACGUGUGUGGCCAAAUGGUUAACACCUUAAAUUCUGGAUCUGUAGGUCCAGGUUUCAAGCCUUGCCCAUCGCGUUGUUUCCUUAGACAAGGAACUUUUCUCCACUUUGUCUUUCUUCACCCAGGUGUAUAAAUGGGUACUGGCGACAUACAGCUGGGGGUAACCCUGCGAUGGACUAGCAUCCCUCCUAGGCUUGCUUCAUGCUACAGAAACUGGUCUAAGCCUCGGCCGUGUGAGCCUUUACCUUUUUACCUAAUUGUAGCCUUUCUAUAAUGGGUGACAAAAUUGAGAUGGAGAACAAAACAAUCCGCACCCCUCCUCCUUUCCCUCAAUCCAUUCAAAGUUAGGGUGUUUGUUGUUUCCUACAGAUACCUUGAACAGCGGCACAACAUUGCAUGGAGAGGAUAAGUGUAGAAAAACAUUAGAAAGGCCCUUUAGGCAAAUUGUCUUAACUAAUUUUGUCACCAAUAUUUGUAGUUUAGAGAAUCAUUUUGUGUUAUAAUCAUAACUGGAGUAUAGGCUCAUUCAAGCAAUACUUUCUAAGCCCCAGUUAUGUGUUCAUAGGCAAAAAAAAGUUGCUUUACCCUGGGUUAGACUUAACCAACUUUGAAGGCCCUAAACUGCUAUUUGAUAGUAUAGCCAUGCAUGUCCUUACAAAUGUUACAAAUAAUUAUAUUUGUUAGGAGUGUACUCAGCCCUUAAGUUUGUACCGAUCUCUCAAAUGGUGGAACAUGGCUCCUAUUGGCAUCAGGUGGUUUCUUACUCGAUCUGGGCCCUGUGCAACUGCUCAUCUUGAGGCUGGUGGAUUUAUUCGUAGCAGAGAAGGCAUACCUUAUCCAAACAUUCAGUACCACUUCUUACCUUCAGCUUUUAAGGAUCAUGGAAGAGUAACUGUAGAAAAAGAAGCUUUUCAGGUGAGUGUUUAUCCCAGCCAAUAUCACUGCAAUUAACGAUCUUGAAGUUCUUUCUGAAUGGGUGACAACCACUGAAAACAUGGUCUAGAGAUGGGGAGCCACCCAUGUGGUAGAAACAUGAAAAUGGAACGACUUAUCUUAUUCCCUCAGAAAGAAGCUCAGUUGUGCCAACAUAAUUUAUAGAAUGCUUCUUUGCUUCCCAAAGUAGCAAGCUUUCUUAUUUUAAUAACUAAUAAUACUUAGAAGCAAAUAAUUCAAAUACAACAUAACAGGAUUAAAAACCACAACUGGCAGGAGGCAACCAGUUAGCUAUUUACAAGUGUAGCUGAGGAUUUGAACUUGGGACGAUCAAGAACAACACAAGUCGCCAGAGCAGGACUCAAACGCAGGACCGCCGGGUUGCAAGUCCGAUGCGCUGACCACUUGGUCACACUGCCUCCUUCAAAAGGUAGUGAGCCCCAAAGGUGGCUAAUUCCAAAGGAUCAAAUGAUUUUGCUAAUAUAGUUACCAAGUUUCUCUGUGCCAAUUUAUGAUAUAUUAUACAGUGCAGGAGGAAAUUAAUUACAUCAUUAAAUUGCACUGUGCAAUAUUAAGAAAUUAAGAUUAAUUAAUCUAACUUGUACAUAGAUCGGAAUGAUUAACUUCUUUUUUCUCGUUUAAAGGUUCAUGUUGGUUCUCUGCGAGCCACAAGUCGUGGGUAUAUAAAACUCAAGUCUGUAAACCCUUACGAUCAUCCAAUUAUCAAUCCCAAUUACCUGUCCACUGAGGAAGACAGAAAAGAAUUAAGAGAAAGCAUUCGGCUUACAAGGGAAAUAUUCAACCAAAAGGCUUUUGAUCCAUUCCGUGGAAAAGAACUUCAGCCAGGUAAGAGUCAAGGAUAA